ACCGUGGUUUCUGCUUCUCCUUUUUGUUUUAUUGAAGUCCAAAGUAGUCUACACAUUAUUUUCAAACAGUAAAACCAAAGCACGCACUACCAUUAUAAAGUUGCAAGGAUGGUGUCGAGAAGCUACGAUGAUGCGUAUUAUGCGGCCUUGGAAUACAAACAGAUGCUGAGGCAACGCUCAGAGGAUGACUACCAUGGCAACAUGAUAGCUUCAUCUCAUCAUCGUCAACGCACUCGUUCGCCUCGCCAGAUGCGUCAAUUUCCCAGUGAGAGAUCCGCCGCCCACGGCCAGUAUCGUCGUCCUGCGGGCGCAUCUCCGCCUCGUCUGUAUCCCAGCUGCAGUCAACGCGAGUGGCAGCCUCCGCUUCCGUACCAACGAGCGUACAAUGACGAAGAAACAACCGAAGCACCAAGCUUUUACGGAGAAGUUGAGGCGGAAGAGUACUACCCACGCUCUCGGCAUGAAGACGAUCACAUGCGUAGGUGGGCCCCCAUGCCACAACAGCCUCGCAGAGAUUACUAUGAGUCUGCGUAUGAAGAAGCCGAUCGUAAUCGCUCUCAAGAAGAGGACCGAAGGAGCUUUAUGGUUCGCGAGGAAGAACAGCUUCAACGAUGGAGCCGGCGGUUUGCCGAAGAAGAGGAGGCUCUUCGACACUACGAGGAGCAGAACCGAGCCCGCGAGGAAGAACAUGCAGAACAGGAGCGCAAGAUGUACCAAGCCCGAGAAGAAGAGGCAGCUCGCAAGGCAGAGGAAGCAAGGAAGCGGGAGCUCAAGAGGGAAGAAGAGAAACGUGCAAGGCAAAAGAAGAUUGCUGAACUUAUGCGUCCCUCUGGGAUUCCCAAGCCGCCACCUCCGCCGCCAGAGCUUGAGCAUCUCCUAGAGUCUCCUCACUGGGGAGCAGACCGAGCCAUCAAGGACGCAGCCAGUCCGCCCCCUUUCAUUGCCGAGAGGGACAUCAGUGUCCGCAAGGGAGGAAGCGACCACUACUCAGAGAUUUCGAAGGCCAGUUGGCACCCGCCUUACCCCUUCUCGUCCUAUGAGGAGAACAAAGAGCGCAUGCCCCUGCAUCUCUGCAAGAAAGAUGAUGACUCAUUCCAGUUGGAUCGGAAGUUGUCCUCACACCAUUCGGUCUCGAGGAAACUGCCUCCGUCGCCUACUACUACGCUCAAGAGCGGCAGUGCUUCUGAAGUCAGCUUCAGUCUGAGCUAUCACCAGGCGUCCAGCCAUGGCAGCCGUGUCGGCGCCUAUGCGGAAAGGGGCGAUGACGACUCGUAUCAGUUGGAGAAGAAGUUGUCAUCGCAUCAUUCGGCCUGCCAAAAACUACCACCACCACGUUCUGCUGCGAGUCUCAAGAGCGACUUCAGCAGCAACUACGAAUACGCUGGUUAUGAUAGCCGAGUGGGCGCCUUUGCGGAAAAGCCACAGACCUCGGUCUUGGUUGAGAUUCAGCCUGGCUUUUCUUUGCCACUACGAGGAAGCAAAGAGACCUUGCAGGCUGUCCAUGAUGGACGAGUCCUGAAUACGUGCUGUCUAUCCUGCUGUGCUGCGCUACUCGUGAAGGACGACUGCGACUUUGUCAUUUGCCCUGGCUGUCGGGUUGUUAGCCCAGUGGAGGGUGGCUUUGGGACCAUGGAAUGUGUUGGGCUAGGCAUGAGGUCCUGAGAAAAAGGGGUGCAUGAUUUGAAUUAAACGAUAGCUACCGGUACAACAAUAGAGGACCAAUUUGAAACGGAUAGUAGAUAGCUACGAGGAGACUACGUAUAAAUCGAACAUUUUAGAGACCAAUGCUUGCCA